AUGAUAGAAUUUACUGCAGCUGGAGAGAUGAAAUAUAUUCAUGAUGGUGAAGUUCUUAGAGUGUAUUAUAUAAUUAUUUACAUUUUUAAGAGAAAAUAGAAUAGAUAAGUAGAAAAGUCCAGAAAUUUUGACUUAGUUAGAAUAAAUUAGAAAUCUUAAAUGGGUUGGAUAGAAUAACAAUUAAAAUUUGCCAAUUGGAAAAUGGAACAUGAUUUGGAGAGGGGAAAAAUAGAUUUAUGGAGGAUUAUAUAAUGAUAAUGGUGAGAAAGAAGGAUAUUGGGUAGAACCUUAUGAUAAAUAUUGGAAGUAAUAAAAUUAAUAUGGUUUAAAUCAGUUUAUGCUAAAUUUACGUUAUUGGGAUAUACAAUCAAGGUUUCAGAUAAGGAUAGUGGAUCUAUCAAUAAGCUGAGAAAAUUAUGUAAAUAUAAAGUAAUUUUUAAGAGGAGGAGGAUUGUAUAACAAAGAAGGAUAGAAGGAAGGAUUAUGGAUUGAAUUACAUUAAAAUUAUGAUAGGUUGUUAAUAGUUAUUAUUCAGAAAUUGUUAAGUUAUAUUUUAAGGAGUAUAUUAGAAUAAUCACAAAAUUGGAAUUUGGAUUUAUUAAUUUUAUGAUGCUAAUAAAAAUAAUUCUAUUAAAAUGUAUAUAUAACUUAAUAGAUUUUAAUAGAAUUGGUGGUAAAUAUAUUGAAGAUGGAAUAAAACAUGGAAAAUGGAUUGAUUUAAUAGAAGAUUUUGAUGAGUUUAAUUAUUCUCAUAAUUAGUGAUUAAUAAUUUUUAUAUGUUGGUGACUAUUAUUAUGGAAAAAAACAAGGAAUUUGGAAUGCAAUGUAGAUAAAUUUUAGAUAGUAAUAUUAAAUAAUGUUUUAAAUAUGUUUAUUUCUAGAGGUUGUGGAGUUUAUGAUGAAAAUGAAUAAGAAAAUGGAUUUUGGGUAUAAUUAAAAAGAAAUCAAAUGAAGUAUCAAUCGUUUAAUCAUUUUUUAGUUAUUACCAUCAUGUUAAGAGUCUUGGGCAAUAUGUCCAUGGAAUUAAGGUAGGCACUUGGAAUAUAUCAUUUGGAAACUAAUUUGUGUAUAAAUUAAAAUUAAGUUAAGUGGCAAAGGUGCUUAUAAUGAAGAGGGAAAAAAGUAUGGGAAAUGGAUUCAAUUAUCCAAUUAUUCUUAAUUUGAUAAAAUGAAUUUGAAUGACAAUCCUAUAUUAGGUAAAUUAGUUACUUUUGUUGGAGAAUAUACUAAUGGUAAAAAGUCAGGAUACUGGUAAAUCAAAUAAGGAAAUAUAAUAAUGUAAAUUUUUAAAAUAAAUUUAUAAGUGGAGGUGGUUUAUACGAUGAUAUGGGUUAUAAAAAUGGAAAAUGGAAUGAAUUAAGCAACUUUAAAUUGUAUUAUAAUAAAUAUUCAAAUAAGACCAUUUUUUGUAAUUUAAAUAGGAGAAUAUAACAAAGGAUUUAAAUAAGGUAGAUGGGAAAUCUUAUUAAACAAACACAAAGGUUUAGAAAAAAUGUACAUAAUUAACUUUAAUAUUUAGUGGUGGGGGUAUAUAUGAUACUUAAGGGAUGAAACAUGGAAAAUGGAUUUCUUUACAUGAUAAUUUUAAUCAGUAUAAUAAAUCAGUAUUUUAGUAAUUGUAAAGUCCUAGAUGUUGGAUAAUAUGAUCAUGGAAUUAAAUAAGGGAGAUGGGAUAUAAAGACUAUUAAAUACUAUGAGCAUGAUGUUCUCACAUAUAACUUUUGGCCUAAAGAUACAUUUUACAAAAUGUCAUAUUUUAUUUAAUUGUAUAUUAGAGCUGGCGGUAAUUACUAAAAUGGAGAAAAAAAUGGAAAAUGGAUUGACUUAGAUGAAAAUUAUAAUUAUCAUAAUCAAAUAUUAUAUGAAGGAGAAUUUUACAAUGAUUUAAAAUAAGGAAAAUGGGAAAUGAUGAAGCAUCAUAAUUCAUUUAUAAAGAGAAUGUAAUUUAAUUUAACAUAAUUAGAGGUGGUGGUUAAUACAAUUAAGAUGGAUUAAAACAUCUGAAUUGGAUUGAAUUGGAUAAAAAUAGAUAAAAGAAACUAAUACUUGUUGAAUACUAAAAUGGAAUUAAAAUAAGCAUUGAAAACAUGUAAACAGUCAUUUGA